AUGCCGGCGGCGUCGCGCCCUUCUCGCCGUCGGCGGCUCGGGAAAAGGCUGCUUGCGAUUGUCUCUCUCGCCGUCCAGAUAACGCUCGGGUCAGCCUCGACGCGUCCUGGCAACCGUUCCAAGGUUCUUGCGUUCUCCUCCACGUUCUCUUCUUUUUCGCUGCCCACGCCACCUCCGCUGUGCUGGAAGGCUUUUGCUCACAAUGAGGACCGUCGCCCGUGCUCGCUCGCGGCCUCCGCGUUUGAAACGCUCGAAUUCACGGAGCAUUCGUUAUCCCCUUCUCGUCCGGCUCGCACGCGCCCCGCCGGACCUCGGACCACGUCCUUGAAGUUCAGCACGUUGGCUGCGCGUCACGCUUCACGCGUCUCUCUCCUGGAAAUGGUCUUUCCUCUCGAAUCCUGCCGCAACACGUGUGUUCCCUCCUCGCUGUCGCCUGUUCCGCGCCGCGCCGUUCCGCCCGCGACUUCUUCGCAGGCGCUCCCCGGUCUCCGCACCUCGCUCAGCUGCAUCCGAGCAGGCACCACCGCGAACUGGGAAGGCCCCAGUGCGUUACAGCUUGCGUCGUCGACCGGGGAAAACGCGGGUCAGGGGCGUGCGGUGCGGAGCGCCAGGGAAGUCGCCUCUCAGACUCGUUCACUUCCUGGUGAGGAGGGUGGCUUCUCCGGCAGGCGACCUUUGCGCGCAGGAAAACAAGCAAGCGUCGACGGCGGCGGGGAGGAGGAGGAAGUGCGCGAGGAGGGGUCAGAGGCCUGGCAAUCGAAAGAGAAAGGGCCUUCCCAUUCUUCCCCACUUUCGUCCCACUCCGCUCCGUUACUGGGAUCGGCGACACGACCUUCUUCCCGCUCGCCACCAUCGCGACGUCCAGGGUCUUCGCCGGAGUCUCCUCGGCUGUCUCCGCCCGCGCCUUCCGGCUCUCUCUCCUCUUCCUCCUCGUCCUCCUCGUCCUCCUCUUCCUCCUCUUCUUCCUCUUCCUCCUCUUCCUCCUCUCCUCUUGCUCCUCAGGACUCCCCUUCCGGUCCUUUCCCUUGUCUCCCGACGUUCGCUGGCCUGCCGCUGCCUCCGUAUCUCUCGGCGGCUCUAGUGAACCAAGGCAUUUCCUCGCCGACGGGUAUUCAGCAGGCGGCUCUGCCGCCUCUCGCGGCUGGCGAAGAUCUCCUUCUGCACUCCGAGACGGGCAGUGGAAAAACGUUUGCGUAUCUCCUUCCUCUUCUGCACUGGCAUCAUCACGCGAACUGUGCAGCAGACCCGCCCGCGACCGACCCCCGGGCGGGUGCAUACCUUCUGCAAAACUGCCCGGGUGUACAGACACGCGAGGAAGCCGCAAACCGACGGAAGAACCAGCUGUGGCGCCGGCGCGACAGCAGGCGGAAGAACGGGUUUCUUGGGACAGCGGCCGAGGACGGGGCCGACGAGGAAGAACUGUCGACGGCAGAGCACCAUCUCUCGCAUGCGGCGUGUCUCGACGCGCCUGAAGUCGCGAACGCCCUGAGACGCGCGACGGCCUGCUCUCUCAUUGUGACUCCGACCCGCGAACUGGCUGUCCAAGUUGCCCAUGAAGUCCACACGCUUCUUCGCACAAACUUUAGCGUCUCCGAAGAACGCGCCCCAGAAGAGAGAGGCGCGUGCGGCCUCUCUCUUCUGCGGCGCACAGUCGAGGCCUUCGCAGCGGCCCAGGAAGACCUCGAGGCGGCAGAACGCGCGGCGGAAGACCUCAAAGGUGCUGUAGCCGUUGCAGCGCGUGCGGGCGAGAACCGAGCUGCUGCGUUGCUGGCGCGCGCUAACCAAGCAGAGAUGCGCGUCCUCGCAGCUCGGGAUCGCCUUGUCAUGGCCCGCCUGGCCUUGGCGCAAGCGCGCGGCGAGGGAAUGCGUCCGCGUCUCCUUCUCGUCUUGGGCGACCCGCUGGCGGGCAGCAGCGGCCCAGGCAGCCGCGCGCCGGCUCCAGUCCCGCCCGGCGAGGCGCGCAGGGAAGCAGAGACUGCGGAGCACUUCGGAAGCGCACGAGAAGGAAGAGCGACGAGGUUGUGCGGGACAGAAGAAGCGGCGCGGACGUUCGGAACCGACACGAAACGGCUGCCAAGCUGGGCAAGGGAAAAACUCGGCUCGUCCCUGAUCGUCGUCGGUGCUGCCCAGACGCUUCGGCGCCUCUUGCAGAGACUGGGGGCCGUGAACCCGGACGUCCUCGAAACCUUCCUGAAGCGGAUCAAGCACGUGGUGUUCGAUGAAGCGGAUCGGUUGCUCCAGCCCCUGACCCGCUAUGCGCCCCUGAAGACGAAGACGCUCCGAAGGUCUCGACCUCGACCGGCCUCGCUGAUCUUUUCGUCUCUUCUGAUUGCGAAGAAGCCAAUCUUCCAGCGGAGGCGAAACGUGGAGAAAGCCUCGCCGACGUCGUCUCUUCUCCUCGCUCCUCCCGCGAGUCUCCUUCCGGCGGUGCCUGCCUGCGGCGCUCUUCGCAGGAAGGCGCGCCGCCCUGCAGCCUCUUCUUGUCGCCACUCUGCGCUCUCCUUUCUUCUCCGCGUUUUUCGUCUCCCGCGCGGCGCUCUGGUUCCCUGUCCCAGCCGUACUUCCGCGAAUUUCCAAAUCAUCGGCGCCAGUGCGACUGUUGGGCGACCGCUACGGCGUCAGCUAGCUGAGAUGCUGGCGAUGCGGGAGGCGCUGAAAAAGCCGGAGUCUCCGACUAGACGCAAGGACAGCGAAAAGGCUCGGCGAGAAGGCGAAGAAGAAGACGAUGAGGCAUAUGUGUCCGAAGAAGAACGAAAGGGGAUGGCACGAGUCCUGCGCGGGCUGCACGCCAGAGGGCUCGUUUCCCCGUGUGGAGAAGAGCCGAGGCGGGGACAAGCAGGGAAUGUAGUUGAGAGCGAGAAGGAACGAGGAACUCGCCUGAUGAAGGUCGUGAGGCCUCACGCGUCCUCUGCCGCGGCAAACUCGCCUCAGGGCCCUACGAGCCUCCUCGUGGGACUGCCCUCGACGCUGAAGCAUUUCUUGCAUGCAACCCCUCGAGGAAAUCUUGCAACGCUGGUUUACGAAACGUCUCUGUUGCUGCAUCAGCUUCAGCCUCAGCGCGCUCUGAUUUUGCUGGACAAAAAACACUCUGUCGUCAGCUUUCUUCUUCAGCUCCAGCGGCUCGGGAUAGAGCACACGCAACUUCUCCACGAGGCCUUUGGUUUCCUCUCCCCCCGCCUCACGUCGCGUCUGAAGGCGGCCAGGGAGACACCCGAGUCGCCUUCCUUGUCCCCGUCGUCUCUGUCUCCUUCGCGUCUUCACUUCCAUUUUGGCAGAAGAGAGAGGUUGGCCAAUGCUCCUUCGCCGUCUCCCCCGCCUUCUCUCGUUCAGACGGCGCCGCUCAUCACUUCCCCUUCUUCGCCUCUCUCUUCCCCUUCUCUCUUCUCUUCUCUUCCUUCUCUGGGAGAGGUUGGCGACCAGGCAGCGCCGAAACAGCGCGUGGUGUCGCCGUCUUCAGAGGCUGUGGAAGUCGCAGGAGAACCCAAGGGCGCUUGGGCCUCUCGGGGUGUUCGCCCUGCGCGAGAAGAGAACCAGGCGGAGAACGCACGCACGUUGCUUCUCACUUCGAUGGCGACGGCGCGAGGGCUCCAUUUCGACAACCUCGACUGCGUCAUUCUCGUUGGAAACGUCGAAAAUGCACGCGAAUACCAGCAUCUCGCAGGUCGCGCCGGCCGGAAAGGUCGCCCAGGAAACGUUAUUUGCGUCAGCGACUCGGAGACACAAAGAUCCAUUUCUUCGUGGGCCAAGAAGCUCGGCGUGACUUACCACUCCUCGCAGCGACUCCUGUUUCCCGCCAGCGCCACAGACGAGCCUUCGCACGCAGAGGCCGAAAGUCCACAGCAGUCUUUUUCGGACGAGGCAUCGCAUGAAGAAUGGAGGGUUCCACGUGGCGUGGAAAGCGACGGACACGUCGAGAGGCGGCGAACUCAGAGAGAAGACGGACUCGAGAAGGCAGAUCGCGAGGUGCGGGAGGUGAACGGAGUCGAAAGAGAAGACGGACUCGAGAGGCACACGGAGCAGCCAGGGAGAGAAGCAGUCGCCGGGCAGGGAGACCGCGAGGCUAGAGAAGAGCGCGACGCACUCUGGCCAGAACGGCGACGGAGGAAUCUUGAAGAAGGCGAGAGAGAACAGGCGAUUUCGGCGGAGGCGGUGCCGGAGUCUGUGCGAGCAAAGAACAACGGCCCAGGCGCAGGAAGGAGGCGCGACGAGGAAACACGGGAAACUGGGACAAAAGUGGAGACUGCAGGGACUGGGGCACACGCGGCUUCUGCGUGGGAUAAGUUGGCGAACUUGUCUCUCCCGUCGUUUUCGUCUCUGGUGUCGAAUAUGUGA